AUGCAGCUCCUAUCGUUUCUGUCUGCAGCAGUCUUGCUAGCCCAAGGAGCCGUUGCUGCCCCGAGGCCUGAGGAUGCUACAGAAAGUGUGGCCGCCACCUCUAGCUGCUCCAAAACCCUUGUAAGAAAGGAGUGGAGAGCGCUGUCCAAAAAGGAACAGCUAGACUACAUUGCUGCAGUCCAAUGCCUCCAGCAAAAGCCGGCCAAGACUGGCUCGCUCUACCCUGGUGUAAGGAGUCGGUACGAUGACUUCCAGGCCGUGCACAUUGCUAUGACGGAAAAGAUUCACUUUGUUGGUCAAUUCCUGCCGUGGCAUCGUCAGUUCGUGUAUCUCUAUGAGACCGAGUUGAGAGACACUUGCUGCUAUACGGACUGGACCAAGGAUGCUGUCAGUGAGGCUGCUUGGAACAAGUCGCCAGUGUUUGACAGCGUGUAUGGCUUUGGAGGUAAUGGUCCAUACCUGGCCGAUAUCUCAGGGCUUCCCAGCACAUCCCUUGCACCUGGACCGCUAACGCCGCGAACUGGUGGCGGUUGUGUCUCCACCGGUCCCUUUGCCAACCACACUGUCAGCCUCGGUCCGGGCAACAGUUUGACAUACACGCCUCACUGCCUUCGCCGCGAUUUCAUCCCAUCUCUUGUCACCAAGAAGCUGACUCAGGCUGAGGUCAACUGGGGGACGGCCGCAACCACCUUCUUUGAGUACACUCAACACAUUGAGAUUGCUUCCAUGGCUUCUGACCUGUCUGGCAUCACCACUCACGGUGGAGGCCAUUUUGGUGUAGGUGGUGAGGUUGGAGAACUGUCUGAUAUGUACUCUUCUCCAGGUGACCCGCUCUUCUGGAUGCAUCACGGCAAGUUGGACUACGAGUGGAAUAGGUGGCAGCGUCUAUCUUGGGCCAAGCGCAAGACCGACAUUGGCGGACCUGACACCAUGUGGGCGUACCCGUACAACUACUGGGGUGAUAUUCCGUACAACAACAUCACCCUCGACUUCAAGCUGUCUUAUCCCGGACUAGCACCCAAUGUUACCAUCCGAGACGUUAUGGAUAUCACCGCUGGUAAACUCUGCUAUACCUAUGCUUAG